AUUCGAUGAGUACCUGAUCUUGGUCUACUGCGCAGCUACUUAUAAAUACGACGAGCAAGUCAAGCCAGUUAGUUAAAUCUCAGCAGUCCGCCACAGAACACAGAUCGAAAUGCGCUUUUUUGGACUACUCGUGCCGAUCGUUUGCGGUCUUUUGUGCGUCGCUGCCGAUCCACAACAAAUAAACGACGGACGCAAUGGGCCGCACGUUCACGGAACUCCCGGCCAUCAAGUCUACAUUCGGGGGCAAAACGAUGGAGUCUACAAGGUGCCAGGAGUAGGUGGCCAGUUCCAGCACUCAUCAUCGCCGGCUGAACACGUCUACACGGACGAACAGGGAAACACUUAUGUGCACCGAAAGAAGGCUGGCAGACCAGGUACUCAUACUAUUAGAGGACCUGGUCCAGUCGCCGCUCAGCCCAUAUAUCCCGCAGCCCAGGACUCACCUUAUGGACCUGCGGUUUCAGGCCAUCGCAUUUCUCGUAGCCCUCAGUUCCAUGUGGAGCGUCCUGGACGCACUGUAGAUGUGGGCCAAGGAGGAUUUGACAUUCAAAGGAGCCGCCGCAGUCCCCAGUUCCAAGGGGAGCGUCCUGGACGCACUGUGGAUGUGGGUAACGGAGGAUUUGUAAUUCAGAGGAGCAGCCGCAGUGUCAAUGAUGGGCGCGUCCAGGGCGAAAAUUUUGUGGCUCGUGACGAUCAGGCUGGCGUGUGGGACGAAAAUGUUUCGGUGUGGAGGCGUCCAGAUGGACGGACUGUUACCGUGGGCGCCGAUGGAAGCACCAUUAUUUCUGGUCAUGGAAAAACACUGUACUACUGAAAUGUAAUGACUUAAUACCUCUAGAAAAACAGGAAGGUUUUAAAAGCUUAUAACGAUUUUAAAGUUUAUUUUAAUGAUUUACUAAUAAGGAGAAUGUUUUUUAAUUGAAAUUAAAAACAAUAAA